ACAACAGCACCUCCUAUGACCGUGCUCUGGAAAAAAUUUCCAAAUGCUUCUGACGUCACAGCCAUUGGCUUUACGCUGCCUGGAUACCAAAGAGUGUUUUUUAACUCGUGGAGAACCGCGCUGUUGCACCAAGCUCUACCCGCCAGCCCUGGCUGUGUUAAGAUCCUCCUCUUCUAUGUCAUCUUCUACGGCUGCCUGGCAGGGAUCUUCAUUGGGACCAUCCAAGUGAUGUUACUCACCGUCAGUGAAUUUGAACCCAAGUACCAGGACCGUGUGGCACCCCCAGGACUGACUCAAGUCCCUCAGGUACAAAAGACAGAAAUUUCCUUUACUGUCUCCGAUCCCAAAAGCUAUGACCCAUAUGUGAAGAAUCUGGAGGGGUUCUUAAGCAAGUACAGUGCUGGUGAGCAGACUGACAACAUCGUAUUUCAGGACUGCGGAGACGUACCUAUGGAUUACAAAGAGAGAGGACCAUACAAUGAUGACCAAGGUCAGAAGAAGGUCUGCAAGUUCAAACGUGAGUGGCUGGAGAACUGCUCUGGGCUACAGGAUAACACCUUUGGGUACAAGGAGGGCAAACCAUGCAUUCUCGUCAAGCUCAACAGAAUUAUCGGCUUCAAACCUAAGGCACCAGAAAAUGAGAGCCUCCCCUUAGGUCUUGCAGGAAAAUACAACCCCUUUCUCAUUCCUGUCCACUGUGUUGCCAAGAGGGAUGAAGACUCAGACAAGAUCGGCACGGUGGAGUACUAUGGGAUGGGUGGUUACCCGGGCUUUGCCCUGCAGUACUACCCGUACUAUGGCAAGCUCCUGCAGCCACACUACCUGCAACCACUGGUGGCAGUGCAGUUCACCAACCUGACCUACGAUGUGGAAGUGCGUGUGGAAUGCAGGGCCUAUGGGCAGAACAUCCAGUACAGCGACAAAGACCGCUUCCAGGGACGCUUUGAUAUUAAAUUUGACAUAAGAAGCAGCUGAUUGUAAGCACAACUCUCUCUCUCCCCCUCUUCCUCCUAGCCAUUUAAAAAAGGUUUAAAAAAAAGAACAAAAA